CAAACUCAGAAUCAUCAAACCCUCGAAGACAUCGCUUCCAUUUCCAAAGAAAAAGCUUUGAGUUUACAUUUUUCCUUUCAGAGUGUAACAGAAAAGCUCUGCUGAGCGUCCAGAGAAGGCAAUACAAACAUGUGUGGAGGUGCUAUUAUCUCCGACUUCAUUCCGGCAGCUGCUGCUGCGGCGGCGGCCGGGAGGGGGAGGUCUCGCCGGCUCACCGCCGAUUACCUGUGGCCAGAUUUGAAUAAGCUUGGGUCUGGUGGGAGGUUUUCCAAGCCACUGAAGUCUGAAGCUGUCAUCGACUUGGACGAUGAUUUUGAAGCUGAUUUCAGGGAAUUCAAGGAUGAUUCCGAUAUUGAUGUGGAUGAAGAGGAUGAUGUCAAACCCUUUGCUUCCUCCGCCACUAAGCCCUCUAAGAAGCCCCUGUCCCGUGGAUCUGCUACUGCGAAAGCUGAUAAAUCUGCUGGGCAAGCUGAGAAGUCUUUGAAAAGGAGGAGGAAGAACCAAUACAGGGGAAUCCGCCAGCGUCCAUGGGGUAAGUGGGCAGCUGAGAUCCGUGACCCAAGGAAGGGUGUUCGUGUCUGGCUCGGAACGUUCAACACUGCUGAAGAAGCUGCAAGAGCUUAUGAUGCCGAGGCAAGAAGGAUCCGCGGCAAGAAAGCAAAGGUCAACUUCCCUGAUGAGGUCUCAGGCACUUCAUCAAAGCGUCUCAAGACUAAAGUCGAGAAGCCUCUUCCAAAGACCAAUCUGAACUCUGCUCAACCCAAUUCAACCCAAAACUUCAACGCUGGAACCAAUCUGGAGGACUAUUACUACUCCAUGGGGCUGAUGGAACAGAAACCACAGAUUAACCAGUAUGCUGCUGCUGCUGCUGCUAACAUGGGAUCCCUCCCUGAGACUAACAAUGGGGUCCCGUCGCUGUCAUCAUCUGAUGAUGUCACUGUCUAUUUCAGUUCUGAUCAGGCGAGCAACUCAUUCGACUACUCUGAUUUCGGAUGGGGCGAACAGGCUCCAAAGACCCCAGAAAUCUCAUCCAUGCUUUCUGGUGAAUCUCAGUAUCUGCAAGAUGCCAACCAGAACAACAACAACAACAACAUGCAAUACUCAAACUCUGAGAAUGUGGUACCUGCUGGAAAUGGUUCUGGGAAGACCCUAUCGGAUGAACUCGCUGACAUUGAAACCCAACUGAAUUUCUUCCAGACACCUUAUCUUGAAGGAAGCUGGGAUGAUGCUUCCCUGGGAGCCCUGCUCAGUGGAGACGCAACCCAGGAUGGUGCUAACCCAAUGAGCCUUUGGAGCUUUGAUGACCUUCCUCCAUCCAUGAUGGGGGGAGUUUACUGAGCUUCCUUUCUUCAAUGACCCCUUUUUAAUGUAAAUAAAGCUACAAGAAUGGUUUGUCACCGUUGUUGGAGAUGGUUGGUGUGAGAAAGUAAAACCCGCUUAAAGCAUGUGUGGAGGUUAUUCACUGGUAGCUAAUGGAGGUUUUGGGGUCUUAUUCCUAUUUUAGGUGUCCUUAAUUUACCCUGUUAAAGACCUUAAUUUUGGGGACAUUUUUAUGUUCUUUUUUUUUUUUUUUUGGGUUAAAAUGUUUAUAUAUAUAAGGAUGCUUAUAUAUAUGGUAUUGUGAUACAGUCUUGACUGCUGAUCGAUAUUAAUUUGUGUUCUUUUAUCAUGGUUCAUUAUGAGGCCAUCCUUGUGCCCAUGUUAGUUUUGUCUGUCAUUGCCAUGAAAGGUUAUUUCCGCUGCA